AUGUCAUGCAUACUCUGGACGGGGUUAUUCCGUAGGAUACAUUACGACCUUGCGAAGAGAAAAACCAAGGGCGAGGAUGACCUGAUUGUGAAAGGGCCAGACGACCGCGAGCAACGCCACCGGGCCUCGACUGCACCCGACCUCAGCCCUCGAUUCCUCCUGCUGUCCCGGGCGUCCUGUUUUGCGGACGAUGAAGCGCUGUCGCGGCCGGCAACUCUCAGUAUGCGGCCGCCCGGACGACUCUCUCUCCGCAUCGGCGUGUAUGGCUUUCGUGGCCUGAGGGGCUUCGGCUGUCGGCAGGCGCAGGUAGCCGUGCCGUCCGUGUUGACGCGGCCUUGCAUGCAGCCACCAUGGCCAGCUGUGGUGGUCGCGCGGGCCUCGUUCCAGACCUGGCCGCCUGCUCCUGUGCGGUCCUUUUUCCCAACAGCGCGGCCACAAUCGGCCGCUGCGACAUCCGUCCAGAGGACCGGCCAAAGGACCGGCAGCACAGCCGAGACAGCAACGACGACGACGACGACGGCAAGCACGCCGGAAGACGUGGAAAAGGCCUACUUCCUCUCCAACGGCAUUCUCGAUCGCAUCGCCCGACGGCCGGCUGAGCUGGCGCCUCAUCGACGCCGUCAAGCCCGACGACAGGCUGAGAAGAUAUCGGCCUCCUCAUCGGGCGAGACCACCUCUCCCGACCUCUUUGACAAUGCGUCGUCCAUCCUCUCCGACGUCGCUGCCGCCCAGCCACAGCGCUCGACCCGCCGCGUCUUCUCCUCGCUGCUCGCUCUCACCAAACCCCGGCUCACCGUCUUGGUCGUUCUCUCGGCCAUGGCCCCCUAUGCCCUCUAUCCCGUGCCGGCCUUUCUGACGGCCGAGCUGCUCGAUGUCGCCCAGCAGCCGCCGUCGCUCUCACCGCUCACCCUCCUCUUUCUCACCGUCGGCACCACCCUCUGCUCGGCCGCUGCUAAUGCCCUUAACAUGCUCUACGAACCCGACACCGACGCUCGCAUGUCGCGCACCCGCAAUCGGCCGCUUGUUCGUCUACUCAUCAGCCGGCGUGCUGCCCUCGCCUUUGCUGUCGCCUGCUCCGUCGUCGGCAUCGCUGCCCUGCAUUUCGGCGUCAACCCGACUGUCGCCUUUCUCGGUGCUGCCAACAUCGCUCUCUACGCUGGCGUCUACACCCCGAUGAAACGCCUCUCGGCUGCCAACACCUGGGUCGGUGCCCUCGUCGGUGCUAUCCCGCCGCUGAUGGGCUGGGCUGCUGCUGCCGGCGAAUCCGCCACCGGAACGUCCUCUUCUACCGCGGCUUCUACCCCCCAUUCCGAGUUCAGAGAACUUCUCUUCGCCCCAGACGGUUCCAGCGCUGGCGGUUGGCUUCUCGCCGCCCUCCUCUUCGCCUGGCAGUUCCCUCAUUUCAUGGCUCUCUCCUGGUCCGUCCGCUCCGAAUAUCAGCGUGCUGGCCUCCGCAUGCUCGCCUGGGUCAACCCUGCCCGCAAUGGUCGCGUCGCUCUUCGCUACAGCCUCGCCUUCUUUCCCAUCUGCCUCGGCCUCUGUGCUGCUAAUGUCACUGAGUGGUCUUUUGCUGCUACCAGUCUGCCUGUCAACGUCUGGCUCGUCCGCGAGGCCGUCCGUUUCUGGCAGCUUCAGGGUCAUGCUGGCUCUGCCCGCGCCCUCUUCUGGGCCAGCGUCUGGCAUCUGCCCGCCCUCAUGGUCCUCGCCCUGCUGCAGAAAAAGGGCAUGUGGGCUCGCGUGUGGCGCAGCAUCGCCGGCCAUCCCGACCGCGAGAACGGCAGUUUCGACGAUGACGACGAAUACGAUGACGAUGACGACGACUAUGUCUGGGUGGCCGAUGACGGCAAGCAGCAGCAGCAGAAGCUACCCGUGUCGGCCUCGGGGCAGUGA